UGUCAGUUUAGUCACUGGUUAAAAAAAAAUUGAAAGCGGUGAGCGAAAUUUUGUCAAAUAUUUUAAAUUACAAUAAUUAUUUCAGUAAAAGUGCUAAAAACUAAUUGGAAGUGUUAAAACGCCGAUGGCCCAAUAAGUAAUUAUUGAAAAGAACUGAGAAGCCUUAACAAUGAAGACCAAAGGAAAUUGUGCCCUUUUUAUAUUGGCAAUAAUUGCGGGCAAUUUUGCUCAAGAAGUUGAUGAUGAAGUAACAAUAGAAACAAUCGAUGACACAGUCGCAGACUACGAAAGUCCAAAACCCUUGGACGCUUCAAAAGUCUACUUCGCCGACCACUUUGACGAAUCCGCCAACUUUGAAAAGAACUGGAUAAAAUCCCAAGCCAAAAAAGACGGCAUCGAAGAAGACAUUGCCAAGUACGACGGCGUUUGGAGUCUGGAAUCGGCCCAAAGAGACGCUCUCAGAGGGGAUUUAGGUUUGGUAUUGAAAUCUAAAGCCAAGCAUGCCGCUAUUGCAGCCCCUCUUAGUAGGCCUUUUGUUUUCAAAGACAAACCUUUGAUUGUGCAAUAUGAAGUUUUGCUGCAAGAAGGCCAAGAAUGUGGCGGAGCCUAUUUGAAACUCUUAAGCAAUGUUGAGGAUUUAAAACAAUUCCAAGACAAAACGCCUUAUAGCAUCAUGUUUGGGCCAGACAAGUGCGGCAACGAUCACAAACUACAUUUCAUUUUCAAGCAUAAGAAUCCCAAAAACGGCACUGUAGAAGAAAAACAUUGCGAAAGACCCAAAGAACGUCUAGAGGAUUUCUUUUCUGACAAGCUCCCUCAUUUAUACACCCUAAUCUUGAAUCCAGACAACACCUUUGAGAUUCAAAUUGACCGAAAAACUAUUAAAACUGGAAGUUUAUUAGAAGAUUUCACCCCCGCUGUAAACCCACCAGCUGAAAUUGAAGACCCCGAAGACAAAAAACCUGAAGACUGGGACGAAAGAGAAAAAAUCCCAGACCCCAACGCAGUCAAACCUGAAGACUGGGACGAAGACGCACCCGCUCAAAUUGUAGACGAAUCAGCCAUUAUACCAGAUGGUUGGUUGGAACACGAACCAACUCACCUGCCAGACCCUGCAGCCCAAAAGCCCAGCGAUUGGGAUACUGAAAUGGACGGCGACUGGGAACCACCUCUAUUGGAGAAUCCGGCUUGUGAAGCAGCACCUGGAUGUGGUCCAUGGGAACCUCCACUGGUUAAUAAUCCAGCUUUUAAAGGCAAAUGGAGGGCUCCGCUUAUUGAUAAUCCAAAUUAUAAAGGCAAAUGGAGGCCUAGGAAGAUUGCCAAUCCGGAUUAUUUUGAAGAUAAAACACCAUUUAAAAUGGCUUCUAUUUCUGCUGUUGGGUUUGAGCUAUGGUCCAUGUCAGAAAAUAUUCUUUUUGACAAUUUGAUUAUUACCGAGGAAAUUGCUGUUGCGGAUCAUUGGGCCAGUGCCACUUUUGAUAUCAAAAGGCAGAAGAUUGCUAAAGUUUCGGAAAGUCUCAUCCAAACCCUAGCCAACUACACAAACGACUACCCAAUUUUAUGGGCAGUCUAUAUUUUGGUGCUAGGCAUCCCAGUAGCUUUUAUUUUGUACCUUUGCUGUAGGCCUUCCGCUAGUCAAUCGCAGGAAGCCGAAGAGCUUGCACAGGCAGCCGAAAGAAAGAAGACUGAUGCAGAGACUGAGGAGGAUACUAAAGAAGAGGAAGAUAUUAAACAAGAAACUGAAUCAAAACAAGAUGAGCCAGAAGAUUCUGCAAAGGAGGAUGAAGAAGAUGCUGAGAAAAACUCAAAUCCUGAUUCUGAUGAGGAUAAUGAGGCUACUUUGAUUGGUGGUGAUAAUAAUGAAAAGAAGCCUCGACAACGGAAAGUCCGAAAAGAUUGAAGAAUAGUAUUUUUAAAUUUCGUAAGUUAGUAUAAGGUUUGUUUGAAAAAAUAUCUUACCAUUAUCAUUGAUUGAUAACUGUAAAUUUGGUGUAUUGCGUUUUACAGAAUAAUAAUCGUUUGUCUGAAGUUAGCUCUAGUCUUCAUUUUAAAUUAUUCAGUUUUCAUACUGCUGUUUCUGUUUACGUAACAGAAUAUUGUAUUAAUGUUUUUGUCUAUUAUUUAUUGAAAUCUUGUAACAUUUCAAGAAGCAAUUAUUGUCUUCUUAUGAUAUUUUGAAACACAUUAUAGGUUUUUGUUUGUUAAUAAAAAAUUUCAACAAAAUAAUUGUUUUAUUUUUUCAUAUAUCAUCAACAAUUAUGUCAGUAAAAUAUUCAGCUUUCCCUUUAGUUUUCAGCUUCGUAACGGCAAAAACACUACCAGCAUCAGGUUGUUCUCUUCUCUCUUGUUCACUGAGCAAUAUUCUUGACGUAGUCACAAAUAAAAUGUCCAAUUUUGGACCACCCCACGUAACCGAUGUUACAUCUCUUGCAGGAAGCGCCACCCUCUAAAAAUAAUUUAAUUAUUUUUUGCAAUAAACAAAAACGAGUGUCUCACCUGUAAAACCUUUCCAGUUUGCGGUGAUACUUGUAUAAUAGAACCACCCCCAUAUAAGGCAACCCAUAAAUUAUCAUUUUCAUCUAUAGUCAUACCAUCACAAAUACCAAUAAGCUCUGGAUGCUUGGCCAAAUCGAAUACCACUUUUCGGUUCGAUAUUGAGCCUGUGCUUGGUUCAAAAUCGUAACUAACAAUCUGAGUAAUUCCAGAAUCGACGUAGAAAAAUGUAUCGUUUUUCUUGUUCCAAGCUAAUCCAUUACUAAUAUGAACACGCGGUAUGUGGACUUCGGGAUUGUUCAAUGUAAAUUUGGUGAACGAAUACAAGUGGCCUUGGUAUGGUCGUACUUCACCUGUAGCUACAUUUUGUUGACCCAUAGUACCAACCCACAAACGUCCAGUUGCAUCAGAUUUGCCAUCGUUGAAUCCGCUGUUUGGAUAAUCAGCGGAAACUGUUGAUAUUAC